UAUCUUUCCUUGCGUUGCUGUCGCUUCUAAUUCAUCCCUCUCCCUCCGCCUCCCUCUCUCUCUGCGGACUCUAGCCGGAAAUUUGACGCUGUCGCCGUUAAAAUCUUGCAUAACUGGAAAGGCAAACAUUUGAAGACAGAAAAGACGCCUCUUGUAUUCUCCACUAUGUUAACGUUGAACACUGACUUGCAGCAAAUAAGAAAGAGAAACCGAAUCCAAGUAUUAUUCUAUUCAAUUCAAUUACUGGUUUAACAGUUGAAUUUUCUUCAGCUAUAACAGAUUUCUGAGAGGGCAUUAAUGGAUGUUUCAUCUUGGGAUGGAACACUAUCACUGAAUGAUUUUUCUAUUGCUGCCUCUGCCUUUGUGGAGAAGUGGAAAAAGACCAACUCUGCUUUCCCUCCUUGGUUAUGGGUUGAUGGCCCAAAACCACCAUUUAUUGCUUCUCAACAAGUUGAGGGAUUCUUGUCAUUGGAGAAUAUAUGUCUUUUCGGAUCAAGUGAGGACAAUGAAGUGAGUACCGCUGGGGAAGAAGAGGCUGGUUUUUUUGAGAGAGAGGAGGCAAUUGAUGAUGCCACAUUGGAACGUCGCGAUAAUAAUGAAGUGCAUUACUACGAUUUCCAUAUAAUCUACAGUGCUUCAUAUAGAGUUCCAGUGCUAUAUUUCCGCGGGUAUUGCAGCAAUGGCCAGCCUUUGCAGUUGAAUAAAAUUGAGCAGGACCUUCCUGCUUGUUCUGCAAAUGUGUUGCUACAGUCAAAAUGGACUUUUAUAACUCAGGAAGAGCAUCCAUACUUAAACAGGCCAUGGUAUAAGUUACAUCCAUGUGGGACCAAUGAAUGGAUGAAGUUACUUUUCCGUGGCGAAGCUGCAACUGCAAAAAAUAGAGUGCUGAUUGAACUAUAUCUGGUAUCUUGGUUCUCAGUUGUUGGACAGGUGAUUGGUCUUAAGGUUCCUAUAGAGAUGGUGAAUGAUCAUACUGUUUAAUAGCUUCGCUUUGGAGAAAGAAGCCGACGAAACCUGACAUGAAAUGUUCAAGGAAUUGAACUAGCCUCCUCGACAAAGAGACUUGCUGUAAAGAAAAAUUGAAUUCUGUAUUUUUUUGGGAAAUAAAUCUCAUUGAUAUAUAUUUAAUGCAUGGAUGAAAUGGUUCCAACAGCUAA